AACCAUGUUCUCAUCCUUCAACAAACCCUACAAAAACCCAUUCAAUCCAUUCAAAACCUGCUUCAAACCCAUUUAGCGAUCUCAAAUGGCCAAAUUAGGGUUUGCAUUUGGAGGUUUGAUAUGGGCAGUAAUGGCGUUGUCGUUGCACAAAAGUGAAGCCACUCAGUUCAUAGUUGGGGGAGCCAAGGGCUGGGGAGUUUCAAUGGCCCAAACCUAUAAUCAAUGGGCAGAAGCUAACAGGUUUCAAAUUGGAGACUCUUUAGUUUUCAACUAUGCUGCUGAUCAAGACUCGGUGCUUCAAGUAACCCAAGAUGACUACGCCAAUUGCAGCAUCCAAGCGCCAAUCAAACAGUACUCCGAUGGCCAUACUGUUUUCCAGUUUGACAAAUCAGGGGCUUACUAUUUUAUCAGUGGAAACAAAGCCAAUUGCCUCAAAGAUGAGAAGCUGGUUGUGGUUGUUUUGGCUGAUAGAACCAAUUCAACCACUUUGCCUCCUCCACCCUCAGCUCCCUCUCCUGCGCCUGCAAAUGAUCAAACUUGGGCGCCUUCUAACGAAACCAACCCGUCUCCGCCACCCGCUGAGGAAACCAACCCGUCUCCGCCACCGGGGACGGUUGAGAUCAGCCCAUCUCCUGCGCCUUCUGUGCAAGAGGCUCCACCACCGCCACCGAGGACGGUUGAGAUCAGCCCAUCUCCUGCGCCUUCUGGCCAAGAGGCUCCACCUCCGACGGUUGAGAUCAGCCCUUCUGCUCCUAUAUCGCCACCUCCGAGUCUUGGAUAUUCGAUCCUUCCGAGCAGCAUUGGCUCCGUUGGAGCAUUUGUUGCUGCUGCUGCUAUCUUAGCUUGAUGGAAGAGAUACUACUUUUCUACUGAAAUAUAUGUAAAUAAUGUGGAAACAU